AUCGUCACUUCCGUGAUGAUUCUGAAGGUUCUGGCUAGUCUGACAGCAUCGAUGCGAUUACAGAAGUGACCCACAGAAAAGUGACCAGAACAGACCAUCCAGACAUCAUGCGCUGGUUUGAGGGCUCGAUCCCAGCGGCCAUCGCCUCCUCCAAGCAGCGGAGCUCCGUGUUCGUGGUGGUGAUCACAGGAGAUGAUGAGCAGUCCAAGCAGAUGCUGUUCAGUUGGGAAGAUGAGCAGGUAGCAGAGCUCACAGACAACUGCUGUGUUGCAAUUAAAGUAGACGCCAAAAGCGAGACGUGUGUCCAGUUCUCACAGAUAUAUCCAGUGGUGUGCAUUCCAUCCAGUUUUUUCAUAGGUGAGAAUGGUAUUCCGCUGGAGGUCAUUGCUGGCGGUGUUUCUGCAGAGGAGCUUAAGAAGAGGAUAAACAAAGUCAGACAGAUGCACUCUCAGCAGACGAGCGGCGUGGAACAGGCCAACGCAGUGACAGAAAUGCAGCCGGAGAGUUCCGCUGCAGCCCCGAAGACCCCGCCCCCAGCUCCUCAAGCCCAUUCAGUGAACAGGUCAUCCAUCUCAGCGGAGAAUCCCCCCACUGCUGCUGCUUCUAAAGAAUCUCUUUCCAUGCCUGUGGAGGAAGGAGGGGCUUCAGGUCACGCGACUCCAGGGGACGACAGAAGCCUGUCAUCAGAUGACACGUCACAGGCCUCACAAGCAGAGGAAGCCUUGGACUCCAAGGUGGAAAGAUUAACGAAGAAACUGGAGGAAAGACGGGAACAGAAAAAGAAGGGAGAAGAGGAGAACGAGAUAAAGAAGGAGAUGGAGCGACGGAAGCUGGGAAAGGACAUGCUGGAUUUCAAGCGGAAGCAGGAGGAGGAUAAGACCAAGCGCAUUCUGGAGGAGCGGAACAGAGAAAAGGCUGAGGAGAGAGCGGCCAGGGAGAGGGUCAAGCAGCAGAUCGCUCAGGAUCGUGCAGACCGGGCAGCUCGCUACGCUAAGAACAACGAGGAGGCAGAGGCAGCCAGAAUAGCAGCACUACAGGCCAGACAGGCGGAGCAGGAGAUGAAGAGAGAGACGACAGAGAGAGAGAGAAGUGCUAUAGCCAGAAUACAGUUCCGGCUGCCGGACGGUUCCUCCUUGACCAACCAGUUCCCCUCAGAGACGCGGCUGCAGGAGGCCAGGCAGUUUGCUGCUCAGGAGGUGGGCCAAAAGUACGGCAACUUCUCUCUGGCCACCAUGUUCCCCAGACGGGAGUUCACAGCAGAAGAUCUGGGGAGGACCUUGCUGGAGCUGGAGCUGGCCCCAAGCGCCUCCAUCGUUCUGCUGCCGCAAUCAGGCAGGCCUGCCAACACUGUAGUCCAGUCUUCCGGUGGGGGUGGAUUCUGGGCACUGCUUGGAACCAUCCUGUAUCCUCUGCUGGCUGUUUGGAGGUUCCUCAGUGGGUUUAUCUACAGUAGCCCUCCUCCUGGAGCGGCUGCAGCCGCCCCCCGCACUCAGCAGCGCCCCUCAAACUCCUACACCUCAACAUCAUCAUCAUCUUCAUCUGGAGAACCAAAGAGAGAAACGAUCCGCAAAAGGGUCUUAGAGAAGCGCCCAGAGGACUUCAAAAAAGACGGCAAAAUCUACCGGUUAAGGACUCAAGAGGACAGCGAAGAUGACAACAAUACAUGGAACGGCAACUCCACCCAGCAGAUGUAGUGCAAUAACACUAGUCUCAGUCUCUCUCUCUCUCUCUCUCUCUCUCUCUCUCUCUCUCUCUCUCUCUCUCUCUCAUGCGCCAUGAUCUCCUCUCUCUCUUUCUCUCUCUGACCCAGUUUGACUUUGAUUGAGUGUGUCUUAAUGGUGGAUUAUGCUGAUUUAGGGCUAUGAUUUUCAUGAUUAUCACCCAUCCCUCCCUUCAUCCCUCCCUUCAUCCCUCCCCUUCUCUACAAGUGAUCUCUUUGCUUCUCUCUUGCAUGGCUAGAUAAAUCCAGUUAAUCUACUACGUCAGUUUGAAUGGAGAUCCCGUCUGUGUGUGCAGACUACUUGAUUUAGCUUUCAGAGUACAGUCGAGGAGACUAAGAAGAAUAAUAAUACUAAAAAUCCUGCGCUCUAAACUCGAGGCUUGGAAGCUUGAAUACUGUGCAUCUGUUGUCACGAAGACCUUCUGGCUUUUUAUUUAACUGUAUCUUAUGACGUAUGAUGUAAAAACAAAAACAGGUUUCCGGUGAUGAAAAUCAAAAGAUGUGAGGGGUUUGAGUGCAUGGGGACCCAGCAGCCAGUGUGUUUUAUAUGGAUGCUUGGACCCCUCGGCAUGACCUGCCUUGGCAAUAGAAUGUUUCUACUAGUCGACCAUGGAAGUCACUUUACCAUUUAACAAAAGAAUAAAAGAUGUUUUUCAAUUA